AUGAAAUCGGCGAUUUUAGAAAGAGAAUUGGGCAAUGCUGAAGAGGAGAGGAUUUUGCUGGACGAGGGGAUUAAACAUUUCCCGUGGUUUUUCAAACUCUGGCUGAUGCUCGGUCAGCUAGGAGAGAGGCAGGGCUCGGAACAAAAGGCAAAGGAAGCAUAUGAGUUGGGCAUCAAGAACUGCCCUGGUUGUGUUCCUCUCUGGCUUUCGCUUGCCCGCUUGGAGGAGAAAGUAAAUGGGCUGAGCAAAGCCCGUGCUGUCCUCACCAUCGCCCGAAAGAAAAACCCUCAGAAUCCUCAGCUCUGGCUUGCUGCCGUCCGGGCUGAAAACCGGCAUGGUAACAAAAAGGAAUCUGAGAUACUAAUGGCAAAGGCACUGCAAGAAUGCCCUAGCAGUGGCAUCCUGUGGGCUAAAUCUAUCGACAUGGCUCCUCGUAAAAAAACCUACUGCAGGGAUGCAUACACGAGGUGUGGGCCCCAUGACCCUUAUGUUCUUGCUGCCAUCGCGAGAACGUUUUGGCGUGAUGGCAAGGUUGAGAAAGCCCGAUCUUGGUUCAACCGGGCCAUUGAGCUUGGCCCGGAUAUUGGGGAUUUUUGGGCGUUGUAUUACAAACUGGAACUCGAGCAAGGUACUGAGGCGACUCGGAGUGAGGUGUUGAGCAGGUGUGUGGCAGCAGAACCAAAGCACGGCGAAAAAUGGCAAUCCAUAUCAAAAGCUGUGGAGAAUUCACACCGGCCUACUGAAUUCAUCCUGAAGAAAGUGGUUAUUGCACUAGGGGAGGAUGGAACUAAAUACUAG